AUGGUGUCAGACGCGAGCAAGAAGAAGGCAGCAGCGAAGAAGGCCGCCGCGGCUGCCAAGAGAGGAGGUAAAUCCUCUAGCGCUGCGGCGUCGUCAAAGUCUGCCGAGUCGACGAGCAAUGGGGUGGAUAAGAUCGCCAACGGUAUUGGCUCCCUCCAGUUGUCUGAUCGGACCUGCACGGGUGUCUUGUGCUCCCACCCUCUCGCAAGAGACAUACACGUAAGUACAAGACGAGGGUAGCACAUAAUUAAUACGAUUUUCUUGGAUUUUGUGUCCCAUUCCGUCGGUCUAUACAUAUCAUUGAGUUACUGUCUUAGGAAGAGCGUCAUUCAUUUUUAAUGUACGCGUUUUCUUUUCGGAUAUGAAUCUGUACGUCCUUUACUCCAGGCAAAUUACAGGCUUUGAUCGACUCUUCAUCCGAAGAUGAUCUAUUCGUUUGGUUCCGAUUAGUAAUUCAUUGAAUAGCCAAUUAAUAUUUCUUCUUUUGAUAUCGAAAAUCGGAAAACAGCGUAAAUAUGAUUUCCAGAUUAUCAGGAGCAUCCAUAAGGGGGGCUUACGCAUUCUCACAUGUUUUUAUCUUCCGCAUGUGAAUUAUAAAGUAAUUGAAAAAAAAACCUUGAUUUGAUGAAUAUUAUCUCCUCAUACUGAAAAAAUCUGAUCACGCGUGUUUUUUUUCAUAGUUUUUAGUUUUCCUCCUUUUAACAGCGAGUCCGUUAUUAUGUUAAUGGAAACACCCAAAAUAAAAUUGUUGAUGAUGGAAACGUCAAUACAACUUUUCUUGUGAUUUUAUUCGGAUGCUUUUUCUAGAAGUCUUCAGUUAGUUUAGUCAAAUGGAAGAAUAAACUGUGGAUCAGUAUGGAAGCUUCGAAAGGUGGAGACCAAAAUAGUGAUUUAAAUUGGCUCUUUUAUUUUUUUUGGGAAACCUCUAUUUUUAUAUGCAAUAUGCCAUUAGGCACAACUAAAAGUCUAUAAUAAAAGCUCUCCUAUUUUAUUUCUUUCGCUCUUGCAGUUUUCUCUUAUGAUUCUUGAAUUCUCCCAUUAACAGGUUAAUGAUUUAAUUUGGGCUGAUGGUAUUUUGUUCUGACUAUUUCACUUUAACUGUACAUAAGUUCUCUUUUAAUACAAAGUAUCGGGUUAUCAGUUGGAUAUCUGACCGUUAGUUAUCCUCAAGUUAUGGGUCUGUCGUAUGACAUCGGGUGGGGGUUUUCCUGAUGUGCGAAUGAAGUUCUUAGGUAUAAUAUUGAAGUGAUCCUUAUAGUGCCUGCUUUGCUUUGGUGAUCCGUGUAAUCUUUCAUUUUAUUGACGUUUUCGAUACUGUUACUGACACAAAAUCUGUCGUUGCAUUUUGCAGAUAGAAUCCCUGUCCUUAACUUUUCAUGGCCAUGAUCUUAUAGUUGAUUCUGAAUUAGAACUGAACUAUGGGAGGUAUGUUUACUUGAACAAGUCACAUGUAUUAUUAAGUUAGAUAAUUGAAUGUCCUCUGACGAAUCGCCUUUGGGAUUUAUUUUUUUCAGGCGUUAUGGCUUGCUUGGCUUGAAUGGCUGUGGAAAGUCCACACUACUUGCAUCCAUAGGAUGCCGUGAGCUACCAAUUCCUGAGCACAUGGACAUCUAUCACUUGUCUAGAGAGAUUGAAGCUUCUGACAUGUCAGCGCUUGAAGCUGUCAUUUGCUGUGAUGAGGAACGCCUGCAAUUGGAAAAAGAGGCUGAAUUAUUGUCUGCACAGGUAAAAGUUCCUAACAAAAAUGAACUUUCCAUUCUCUCUUUAAGAUUUCCGCCCAUUGAAAUUCGAUGCCCCUUGACAGAAAUAGAGAAGAAAAUCCUCUGACCAAGGUUUUCAAAUUUUUUGACACUGUAGGAUGAUGGUGGUGGUGAGGCGCUGGAUCGUAUCUAUGAGCGCUUGGAAGCAUUGGAUGCAUCAACUGCCGAAAAGCGUGCGGCAGAGAUUCUCUAUGGGCUUGGAUUUGACAAAAAGAUGCAAGCAAAGAAAACUCGGGACUUCUCUGGUGGCUGGCGGAUGAGGAUCGCCCUGGCUCGGGCAUUGUUCAUGAAUCCAACUAUCCUCCUGCUUGAUGAACCCACAAACCAUCUUGGUAAGGCUUCCCAUCCAAACAGGCCCGCCUUUCCACAAACCACCACUGUUCUCUACAUCUUUCAACAAAAAAAAAAAACCCUAUAUUUAAGUAGCUGGUACUGCCACUUGUUCCAUCCGCCACAAUCUCAAACUGAAGCGCUACAUGCUCAUCUUAAAGCCUACAUCGUUUCUUUUCUUUUUUCUAGACCUAAGAUCUCACCCCGCAGAUAUUCCGAAUCUCAACUCGGUUUCCUUCUUUGUGUGUAUGUGGUUGAUUGUCCUUGCUGCACAGAUCUGGAAGCUUGUGUCUGGCUGGAAGAGAUGCUGAAGAAGUUUGAUCGAAUCCUCGUGGUCGUCUCGCACUCCCAGGACUUCCUCAACGGAGUCUGCACGAACAUCAUCCACAUGCAGAGCAAGAAGCUGAAGAUAUACACGGGCAACUACGACCAGUACGUCCAGACCCGGUCCGAACUGGAGGAGAACCAGAUGAAGCAGUACAAGUGGGAGCAGGAGCAGAUCUCCGCCAUGAAGGAGUACAUCGCCCGGUUCGGCCACGGCUCCGCCAAGUUGGCCCGCCAGGCCCAGAGCAAGGAGAAGACCCUUGCCAAGAUGGAGCGCGGCGGUCUCACCGAGAGAGUCGUCAGAGACAAGGUCCUUAUCUUUCGCUUCACCGACGUCGGUAAGCUCCCACCGCCCGUGCUGCAAUUCGUAGAGGUCACCUUCGGCUACACCCCCGACAACCUCAUCUACAAGAACCUGGAUUUUGGCGUGGACCUCGACUCGAGGAUCGCCCUGGUCGGCCCCAACGGUGCCGGCAAGAGCACGCUGCUGAAGCUGAUGACAGGCGACCUCGUGCCGCUCGACGGCAUGGUGCGGCGGCACAACCACCUGAGGAUCGCCCAAUUCCACCAGCACCUGGCAGAGAAGCUCGACAUGGACAUGUCGGCGCUGCAGUACAUGAUCAGGGAGUACCCGGGGAAUGAAGAAGAGAAGAUGAGGGCCGCCAUCGGGCGGUUCGGGCUGACCGGCAAGGCGCAGGUGAUGCCGAUGAAGAACUUGUCGGACGGGCAGCGGAGCCGGGUGAUUUUUGCCUGGCUGGCGUGGAGGCAGCCGCAUAUGCUGCUGCUGGACGAGCCCACCAACCACUUGGACAUCGAGACAAUCGACUCGCUGGCGGAGGCGCUGAACGAAUGGGACGGGGGGCUGGUGCUGGUGAGCCAUGACUUCAGGCUGAUCAACCAGGUGGCGCAGGAGAUUUGGGUCUGCGAGAACCAGGCGGUCACCCGGUGGGAAGGCGGCAUCAUGAGCUUCAAGGAGCACUUGAAGGCCAAGUCCGGGGUAUCCGAGUGA